GUGGGUGGACUCCAACCAGGUCUUGUCGCAGCAGCUAGCCGAGGCCAAUCUCAGCACAACAUGGCCGGAGGAGAAGGAGGACUGGACUAGGCGACAGACUCUUCUGUCUUUCCAGACCGUGGCAAAGCUGAUCGCGUCCCGCAAAGUCCGCAAAGUGGAGAGGGACUUCUUCUACGUGGAGGUUCGCGGCUUUGACACACACAACGACAUCCGGCCAGUGAUGGAAGAGCUCUUCGACAAUCUCAAUUUCGCCUUGGAGGCUUUCGUGGCAGAGCUGAAGGCACAGGGCAUAUUUGAGGCUACCACGCUUGUUACUUCCUCUGAUUUCGGACGCACGUUGACCUCCAACGGUAAGGGUACCGACCACGGCUGGGCUGGCAACUACGUGGUGCUGGGCGGUGCGGUGAAAGGCGGCAAGGUCUUCAACAGUUUCCCAAGCAGCCUGCUCGAGGGAAACAACCAG